AUCCAGCGACAUCCGACAGCGAAGAUGAAAAUUGUAAACAUCGUCCGGCUAGCGCCCUAUCAUGACUCAGGUGGUCCCAUGUUUGAUCGGGACGAUCAAACUUAAGAGGGGAGCAGUAUUAUGAAAAUGAGAUAUGGGCAGCUGAUUGAUCGGUACCUUAAGAAAAGCAUCCUGGUCAAAAAACCACUGCAUGUGCAUCAAUACGCCUAUCAGGCGGGCAAAUCCACGGACCUGGCCCUACACCACCUCGUUAGGAAGGUGGAGGGUGCUCUGGGUAGUAGCAAGGCCUGUCUGGGUGACGUGCAGCUGCAUUACUCCAGGAUAGUUCGAUUUCUGGGAAUCAAGUUAGAUCCCAAACUCUCCUGGUACGAUCAUGCAGACACCAGAAUGAAGAAGGCCACCUGCACGCUAUGGGCCUGCAGGCGGGCUUUCGGCAAUACCUGGGGUCUGUCUCCUAAGAUCCUCCACUGGAUCUACUUGCGCAUUGUGAGACCUCUUCUCACAUACGGGGCUAUCGUUUGGUGGUCAAGGACGGAGAAAGCGAAAAUUCGUGCUCAACUGGACAGAGUCCAACGUCUUGCAUGUCUCAGCAUAACGGGUUCCAUGCGGACGGCGGCAACUAGAGCGCUCGAAACUCUGCUGAGCCUUCCGCCUCUGGACUUCGUUGUGCAAUUCGAGGCAAUGAGGACUGCGUACAGGCUAUACGUCCUCGGCGAACUACGUGCUGGCGAGACCGAUCACGCAAAAAUUUGGUCACGGGCCAUACAGGAAUGUCCUCUCCUUCUGAUGGGCAGUGACUGCAUGGCUCCAGUGAUUGUCGACUGCGAGGGAUUCGUGAUGCACAUUGCAGGUAGAGAGGAGUGGCAGCAUUCCAACAAACCUGCAUUGCUAAAUAGGGGGACCAUCUGGUACACAGAUGGCUCCAGAAUGAAUAACAGAGCUGGAUCAGGGCUUUGUGGUGGGAUCCCACAUACCAGUACGGCAUACUCGCUGAGGGAGCACGCCACUGUCUUCCAGGCCAAAGUAUUCGCUGUAUUAAAAUGCGGACAGAAAAUCCUAAGCUGCGAACACCGCAAUACAGUCGUAUCAAUAGGCUCGGACAGCAGAGCUGCUAGCACGGCCGCAAAGGUUGGCUGCAGGGUCCAGUCUUGCCAGACUGGUAUCCGCGAAUGUGCCGAUGGGACCGGAACCCAUAGUUGGUAUCGCCAAAUACGUUGCGGUCGCGUCAAUGAGGGUCUGCUGGACAAGUGGACCCACCGAAGAUGGACUGAGUCCCCUGGUAUGAGACAGGCCAAAGCGCACAUAGGUGGGCCCUCUGCCUGUCUCACCAAAAAUCUACUACGCCUAAAAAGACGCGAAAUUCGGCUAGUGACAGGUCUUUUAACCGGUCACUGGCACUUAAGAAGCCAUCUCCAUACUAUCGGUAUUGCGGACAACCCGGAAUGCCGAUGGUGCUGUGAGGAGGAUGAAACCGUUGACCAUGUAGUCGGGGAGUGCCCAGCACUCACGCGCCCCAGGUUCAAAUACUUGGAUAACACUUUCACGUCUACCGAGUGACUUUAAGUCCUUCAGACCAGAGAGCCUUAUCGGUUUCUCUAAGGCCGUUGGGCUCUGGUAACCCCCGGUGGGGCAUGACGGGUCCAUUAGGAAACCUAUAUGCACAACUGCCUUGGCAGCCCACUGUUUCGACAAUUCAUGGGCAUUAUAUUGAUUAAAUAACAGCGAGCACGGACUAUAAAAAGGUCGCUGGCAACCGACAUAUGCUGCGUUCUCGAAUUGGUUGCUGGAUAUCGAUCGGACACUAGCAGUCUCACACACAUAAUGCUAUGUACACAGGUAGAUAUUAAAAUGUCAACAUUUGUAUCUAGAUCAGUCUACAACAUAUUCACAUGAGUAUUAAAAUAAUUUUCUUUAGAGCAAUAUCUAGAGCACUCAGUAGACUGGAUACACUUUUAAUGUCUAGAUUUCUCUAUUGAGUGUUUACAUAAACAUUCAAAUUUUAAUCAUGUUGCGAAAAAGACGUGUGGCCGCUUCUGUGAUUAUAGCUGUGAUAAAAAGAGGUUUGCAAGGAACAUAUUCGAAGUUAUUAGUGGAGCUCAGAUGUAAAGAUUCACAAUACUUUAAAAAUUUUCUGCGAAUGUCUGGUUCCGACUUUCAAUUCCUUGUCCAAAAAGUCCGACCUAAAAUAGAAAAACAGGACACAGUGAUGCGUUGCGCCAUUUCGGUGGAGGAAAGGCUGGCUGUAACUUUAAAAUUUUUAGCUGGGGGUAAAUAAAAUUAGUUUACAAAUUUUAAUCAAAAAUAAACAAUUCAUUUUUAAGGUGAAAGCUACCAUUCUCAAAUGUAUUUGUUCAAAAUUCCUGUUUCAACGAUUUCUUUUGGUGUAAUUGAAGACUCGCAAUUUAUUAAAUUUAAUAGUUUUAUUUCAUAUUUUAACAAAACAGGCUCUAAUUUACAUGGUAUUGUCAAAUGCAAAUUGCGAAUCACAGUUUUCAUAAUAAGAUGCCGCUAAAGUGCUUCUUGAAAUAUCUAAUAAAGAUGGAGUACUGCUUGAACAUGCAGAAUAACUUCCUUGUACUCGUACUGAUUGAAUGUUCGGAAAUUUUUCCCUUGGCACCAAAUUUUCAUCCUCCUCCUGACAAUCUAAAACGCAUUGCUGUAUUCUUCUUUUUAAUUUGUCUUUUACUAACUUCCUGCUGUAAGUUACAUAGUGACGAUGCCACAAAAUCUCCGAAUAUCUGCUCGUCAUCAUUUACCUUGGUCAUUUCCAUUAUAGCCUUAUUAAGUAUUUUUUUAUUUUUUUUUGUCGGACCACCUUUGUAACAGAACGAGAAGUACUUGGGAUAUUAAUAUGGGCAUCACUGAUUGUCACCUCUCGAGAUACAGAUUUUGUGUGUCUGCAUGGAUGUCUCUUGUUUCAACUGUUAAUUCCUAAAAAUACAAUAAUAUUUAAUUAAUAGUUAAAAUUAUGUAAUUAUAUUAUGAUAUAAAGUAUAUAGGAGAGCCUUUAAAGCACGCGCUAUAUAUUUCAAAGCAGGAUGCGCAGUGGAGUGUUUUGUAAGGUGCAAGGGUUUUAAAGGCUUCUAUACACGCAUAUCAUAUGUUAUUUUUUUUAUUACGAAUGCACCAUAAUUUUAAAAAUGUUAAACGUUGUAUUAAACGUACAAAUAUUUCUAUAGCAGUCUAUGAAAAAGUAGGCGCAUCAUAUUAUGAAUGCUACAGCAUACCAUAAUUGUUGAUUAUGAUGCAUGCAUAAUAAAAAAACAUUUUUUGUAAUCUUCAAUUCAAACUAGUUUCAAGACUAAUGGAAUUUUCCGAAUUGCAUAGGGGCUCUAGACGGAAAACAUAUUGUUCCACAGGCACCUAAAAAUAGUGGUAUUCACUAUUUUAACUCUAAAGAAUGUCACAGUAUUGUCUUAAUGGCUUUAGUAGAUACCAACUAUAAAUUUCUUUAUAUUGAUGUCGGUUGCAAUGGGCGUGUGUCCGAAAGGGGAGUAUUUAGUAACUGUUCACUCUUAAGAGCAUUAGAGGAAAAUAUUUUGCAUAUUCCCCAUGUAAGAGCCCUUCCAGGAAGAAAUAAACCUAUAUCUUUUGUAGUAGUAACUGAUAAUGCGUUUGCCCUUAAGCCAUACAUUAUGAAACCCUAUUCAUUUCGAAAUCAACCAGGGCCGAAUCGUGUUUUUAACUAUAGGUUAUCUAAGGCCCGAAGAGUAGUUGAAAACGCCUUUGGUCAUAUUGCAAACAUAUUUGAAAUACUAAGGAGACCUAUUGAAUUAUGCCCCGAAAAAGCUAUAAAAGUUGUUUUGGCAAUAUGUGCUCUUCACAAUUUUCUUCUGAUACGCGACUCUGAGUUAAAUUACGUUUGAAGAUAAUUUUAUUACCGAAGCAAAUAAAAAAAUGAAGAUCCGUCAUCUGGAAGCUUUAUUCCCCUUCAACCUUUACAGUCCCAAAACUAUAGUCAAUAUUGCAAAGAAAUAUGAUCACAAUUUACAGAAUAUUUCUGUUUGCCUAUAGGAGAAGUACCGUGGCAAUAUAAAUUUAUAUAGAUGGUGUUAUGCUAAUGUUUAGGAAUUACUGUAUGUAAACGUAACAAUAUGUCUACUUACCAGACUUGUUUGGCUUUUAUUACAAAUAACUCUUUUAAAAAUUCCCAAUUACUUGUAAAAAACCACAUCGCUUACUCCAUCUCCAAAUUUCUUCGUUUUAAUUUUUCUUAUUUCAUUAUUCAUUCGGGUUCUUAAAUUGUGCAGUUUUCUUGUAAUUUCUGCAGUAGUAACUCCGAAAUGUCCUGCCAGUGGCUGUAGUAGAAUUUUUUUUUACUCUGUCUUUGUAAAAUGUUGAUGUUGUAUCCCAUAAUUCAGGGCUUGCUUGAAGCAUUUCAAUCAGUUCUUUAGUUUCUUCCUUUGACCAGUAGCUUAAUUGGGCAAAUUUGCAAAUACUAAAUGCCUAUAAAUUUAUUAGUUUUAUAUUUUUAAAAUAUAUUUACCCUAAAAAACUCGUAAUAUUUUUAAACAGCGCAUAGCUCGUCUCUCACUAAUCUAGCAAUAGAUAUCCAACCUACCGGUAUACUUGAGCGCAAGUCUCGACACGUUUAAAAAUGCGUUCAAACGAAAGAUCUACGAAUUAGCGAGAGCGUCGCCCGGACACUGAAGUGUCUGAUCUAGCGACAUUUCUCAAUACGCUAUUAAUAUGAAGACAUUUCCAUAGAGCAUAUCUAGACCUUAAAGUGUUUACUUGUGUACAUAGCAUCAUUAUAUUUAUUUAUUUAUUUAUUUAUAAUACACAGGAUCAACCCCAUUACAAAAAAUAUAUAUAUUUCUGAAAAAGAAAUAAAAGCUAUACCACCUAACCACUAAUUACUAAUUAACAAUAAUUAUCAGACUUAAUCUUAAUACCAAGGAUAAUUAAACCGUUUUACAAGUAGUAACAAUAUUCUCUCAAAAAUCAGAACAAUUAACAAUGCAAAAUUAGCUAACAAAAAACAAAAUCCUACAAACUCUUAAUAAGACUCCUAAAAUGCAAUAAUAAUUCCCAAAACUUCAAUUCCAGUAGAGUUUACCAGCCUCAAGGUCCUUUCGACAGGCGGGUGCAUAGCAUAGUUGGUACGAUGAUAAGGCAAAGAAAACAAUCGAUUUGCCCUCAGAUUACGGUGUGGAAUAUUAAAUGAAAUCCUAUUAAGUAGUUCGGGACAAAUCACAAGGCCAUUCAAAAGUUUAUAAAUAUACACCAAAUCAUUCUCAGUGCGUCUCUUAAGUAAACUCUGCAUAUUCAGCAAGUUCAUUACUUCAUCAUAACAAUGAUCAUUAGGAACUGGAAUGCGAAGUUUAUAAAGGCAGUAUCGUAGAAAUUUAUUUUGAACCCUCUCCAGUGCCAUACAAUUAUUCAUGUACAGAGGAGACCAAAUUAUUGAUCCAUACUCCAACAAAGAGACAACAAGUGAUAUGUACAACCUUUUGCAAGUUUCAACCGACAGAUCCUUACAAUUGCGCAGGACAAAACCAAGGACCUUAGAUGCUUUAGUUAUAAUAGUAUUUACAUGGGUAUUAAAAUUCAAUUGUUCAUCAAAAAAGAUACCAAGGUCCUUUACUACUUAAGUGUACCCAAGAUUAACAUUAUCAAUAGUAUAGGAGGAAGUUACCCGUUUGUUUCUUUUGUAGAAACUAAUGUAACUGCAUUUACCCACAUUCAGAGCCAAACUAUUACCAACACACCAUUCACACAAUCUAUUCAGAUCAUGUUGCAAGAGAACCAUGUCUUGUUCUGAACUGAUCACCCUAUAAAACUUUAAAUCAUCGGCAAAUAACAAAAAAUUACUAUUUUAAAGCAAACCAAAAUAUCAUUAAUGAAAAUAUUGAAGAACAGGGGAGAACAAUGACCACCCUGUGGAACCCCAGAGGUCACACUGUAUAUAGUAUAUAGUCAAAUCCUUAGCCUGAAUCCACAUUGAUACGUAAUUACGGAU